AUGGAAAAAACACCAGGUGGAAUAAUAUUUGAACCAACUGAUAUAGUAAAUGGGAAAGGAUUUAUCUCCAUUGGAUAUGUCUAUAUAACUGAAAUGAUGCUUGACCAAGACUUCACUCAUGUGCAAUUUGACUUGGAAAUGGAAGACACGACAGAUUUUGAACUGAUUCUGGCAGACUUGGUGUUCAAAACAGACUUUGUCGAAUUCACAAACACUUCUUUUGUAUUUGUAGAUAAAGACCUGAAAACAAAAUACUUUAAAACAGACAAAAAGGUGUCAAUCACAGCUUAUUACAAACCAGAUAGAAAAGAAUUUUCAAAUGGAGGGUCAAUCAAGUUUUUAGUCACAAAAGGAUCUGCCAAAUCACAAACGAUUCAUAUCCACAAGGAACCAGCAUAUGGAGUGAACACUGUCGACCAGCUUGUGGAUUGUGUAGAGAAGGCUUUGUGUGUACACAGCUGGUAG